UAACACUCAACUGGCAGUCUGGUGAUUUGAGCGUCAGUGACUAACAACAACAGAGGGAGGGCAGAGUGCCCACAGCCAGCAACACAAGCAGACUAACAGCUAGAAGAACAACAAAAGCUUUUGACUACACACGCAAUAUGGAAUAUCAGCAUUGCCUGACAGAAGAAUAGGGAAUAGUCACUGGCAGCAGGACGACAUUCUGGGGAACCGCAAGAGCCUAUUUUGAGCUUCGGUAUGCUGUUCUUUUGCAGUCGGUCAGGUUGAAUAUCACCCAAACCCCUUCAGGUUGAAGCUCCUCCCGGUAGAAUCUGAGGGGCGAGAUGGGGAACACGGCCACCAAGUUCCGCAAGGCUCUGAUCAACGGUGACGAGGGUCUGGCCUAUCAGCUGUACGAGGGGAGCCCCCAGUUUAAAGAGAGCCUGGACCCCAACACUUCAUAUGGCGAACCCUACCAGCAUAACACUCCUCUGCACUAUGCCGCCAGGCACGCCAUGACACGACUCAUCAGGUCCUUUCUCUUCAGUAAGGACGGCAACCCCAACAAGCGUAACGUUCACAAUGAGACGUCCCUCCAUCUCCUCUGUAUGGGCUCCCACAUCCUAAUGGGGGAGGGGGCUCUGCAGCCGCGGCUGGCCCGGCCCGAGCUGGACGAGAUGAAGAGGGCAGAGUGUCUGCAGAUCAUCCUGAAAUGGACCGGAGCCAAGCUGGACCGGGGAGAGUAUGAGAACGCCAACGUCAACGCUACUGAUAACAAGAAGAAUACAUCGCUGCACUACGCAGCCGCCUCAGGGAUGAAGAAGUGUGUUGAGAUUCUAGUAGAUAGGGAAGCGGACCUGUUUGCGGAGAAUGAGGACCGUGAGACGCCGUGUGACUGUGCAGAGAAGCAGCACCACAAGGAGCUGGCCCUCAGCCUGGAGUCUCGGAUGGUCUUCAGUCUGGCCCCAGAGGGCAUAGAGACAGAGUACACUGCUCUGGACCACAGAGAGCUGUACGAGGGUCUGAGGCCUCAGGAGCUGCGUCGUCUGAAGGACAUGCUGAUAGUGGAGACGGCAGACAUGCUGCAGACCCCUCUCUUUACUGCUGAGGCUCUGCUUAGAGCACAUGUGUGGCAUCUGCAUGUGCCCCCUCUCUAUCUUCGAGGAACCGGUUGACGUGUCAUGUGGUCACGAGUUCUGCCGAGCAUGCUGGGAAGGGUUUCUGAAUCUGAAGAUCCAGGAGGGGGAGGCUCACAACAUCUUCUGCCCGGCGCACGACUGCUUCCAGCUGGUUCCUGUGGAGGUCAUAGAGAGUGUGGUCUCCAGAGAGAUGGACCAGCGCUACCUGCAGUUCGACAUCAAGGCGUUUGUGGAGAACAACCCAGCUAUCCGCUGGUGUCCCAAGGCGGGGUGUGAGCGGGCGGUGCGUCUCUCCUCCCAGGGUCCAGGUAGCAGCUCCUCUGAUCCAUUCAGUCAACCUCUCCUCAGAGCGCCUGCUGUGGACUGUGGAAAGGGACACGUCUUCUGCUGGGAGUGCCAGGGAGAAGCCCAUGAACCAUGCGACUGCCAGACAUGGAAGAUGUGGCUGGCGGAAGUUACUGAGAUGAGACCCCAAGAAUUGGCUGGUGUAAGUGAAGCCUAUGAAGAUGCAGCCAACUGCUUGUGGUUACUGUCAAACGCCAAACCCUGCGCCAACUGCAAGUCUCCUAUUCAGAAGAACGAAGGCUGCAAUCACAUGCAGUGUGCUAAGUGUAAGUAUGACUUCUGCUGGAUCUGUCUGGAGGAAUGGAAGAAACACAGCUCGUCUACUGGAGGUUACUACCGCUGUACCCGCUAUGAGGUCAUCAACCAGGUGGAGGAGCAGAACAAAGACAUGACUGUGGAGGCUGAGAAGAAGCAUAAGGGCUUCCAGGAACUGGACCGCUUUAUGCACUACUACACCCGCUUCAAGAACCAUGAACACAGCUACCAGCUGGAGCAGCGCCUGUUGAAGACCGCCAAAGACAAGAUGGAACAGCUGAGCAGAGCCUUGAGUGGAAGAGACGGAGGCCCACCUGACACUACGUUCAUUGAAGAUGCGGUACUGGAGCUGUUGAAGACACGCCGUAUACUCAAGUGCUCUUACCCCUACGGCUUCUUCCUGGAGAUCAAAUCCACCAAGAAAGAAAUUUUUGAACUAAUGCAGACUGACUUGGAGAUGGUGACAGAGGACCUAGCUCAGAAAGUCAACCGUCCUUACCUCCGAACUCCCCGUCAUAAGAUCAUCCGAGCGGCCUGUUUGGUGCAGCAGAAGAGACAGGAGUUCCUGGCCUCCGUCGCCCGGGGGGUGGCCCCCAGCGACUCCCCAGAGGCCCCUAGACGCAGUUUUGGAGGUGGAACGUGGGACUGGGAGUAUUUGGGCUUUGCAUCUCCUGAGGAGUAUGCAGAGUUCCAGUACCGGAGGAGACACAGGGAUCGUCAGCAGCGGAGACAGAGAGGGGACAUUCCCCAUCUUGACGACAGUGGCGACAGCACUUUAGACACACAGGAAAUGGGAGGUGGGCGAAGACAUGGUCCCCCCAUGAGCUCAUUGGACGAGGACGAUCCCAACAUCCUAUUGGCUAUCCAGCUGUCACUCCAAGAGUCUGGGUUGUUGGCGAUGGCCGGGGACACUCCAGAGUUCUUGUCCAAUGAGGCGUCCCUGGGGGCCAUCGGCACCUCCCUCCCGUCCAGACUGGACGCGGAGUCCCAGGGGCUGGAGGUGGGGCCCCGGGGAGCCAUCAGUAGCUCAGAGCUCCUAGAGCUGGAGGAUCGUGUCACGAGACUAGGCAACAUGGGGACCAUCAGCAGCCAGCGCCUCUAUGAAGGGCUUCCAGGGGUCUAUGCAUUACACCACCACCCAUCCCAGCAGCACUACAGCAACCACCAUCUCAACCCGUUCAGGGAGCCUUCUUCACGCGAGGCUCUGUUCUCGUCCUCCAGUGGUACUACGGACUCCACCACCACCUCAACAGGACUCCAGGACCCCUCACACCCAAACACUAACCUGCUGGGCAACAUCAUGGCCUGGUUCCAUGAUAUGAAUCCUCAGAGCAUCACCCUCAUGCCCUCCACCAUCACCACCUCCUCAGACACAGACUUAGACUUCGACACGGCGGCACAGACCACGGCCAACACAGCCUCCGAGGUGAAGGAGGACCAGGUCCCAGCUGACCUCCACCAGCCCCGUGCCAAGCCCCAGAAAGGUGAGGGCGAGCUGGGGGAAGAUGGGGACUGUUUCCCCUUCCUUUCUCAGGGCCUGGAGGAGAAGGAAAGACCCAGCCAUCUAGACCUGACGGUGGGGUCAGAGGUCAUGGCCUCGUCCUACAUGGUGACUACCGGGACAGGGGACCGGGCCGGGGGUAACGUCGUUCACGUAGACACGCCCAUGUGUGACUCUGUGACCUCUGACCUUUUGCCUAGCACCAGCUCUUCAGAAUGGGAGGAGCAGAUACACCUGGUCUGAUUGGUGGAAGAAAAUCUUAAGUGGGACGGAGGAGAUACACCUGGUCUGAUUUGUGAUUGGAGGAAAAUUCCCGAGUUGGUGGAUCAAAUCCACCUGUUAUGACUCUGAUUGGAGGAAACAUAUGAGAUGGGAGGAGAAAACUCUCCUGGUCUGAUGGAAGACAGAAACCUUCAGAGGGGUCAAACCACUGACAUGCAGAGAGAGAGAGAGAGGACCGAUCCCGACUGAGAGGGGGCAUUACCCAGCAGCCAGUGAUGGUGUUGGGGGAAUUUAAUCCUGACUUGAUUGUAGUGCUAGGAGGAGAUAUAUUAUGAUGGAGUGUAUUUUCUCUUUCCCAGUGUUUACAAGGACACAUCUAACACUUGAUAGCUGGUCUAUACUGGCACGAGAUGCCCUCCCGGGUGAACGACGGACGGAGGACUGGACGGAUUCCUAAGAAGCGGGAUGGAAGGUGUUUGACUGGGUGUUUAUUUGCUAUUAUAUUACCCACAAUGGAUAUUUUUCUUGAUAAAAUGAUGAACAAGUGGCUUCUCUCAGAUGAUCUGUUUUAGAUUACAACAUGAGGUGAUUAUAGUGCAUUAUUAUAGUGAAUACAUUUUGCAGGAGUUUUUUGAUCUAGUAUUUUGUUUUGAUAUCGAUGAUAAUAUUCUUAAAUGUUUUCCGCUGAAGUGUACUGUAUUGUGUUUGGGCUUGGUUCUGAGGGAGGCUGUACAGGAGAGUUCUGAGGGAGGCUGUAAUCAGCUGUACAGGAGAGUUCUGAGGGAGGCUGUACAGGAGAGUUCUGAGGGAGGCUGUAAUCAGCUGUACAGGAGAGUUCUGAGGGAGGCUGUAGUCCACUGUACAGGAGAGUUCUGAGGGAGGCUGUAGUCCACUGUACAGGAGAGUUCUGAGGGAGGCUGUAAUCAGCUGUACAGGAGAGUUCUGAGGGAGGCUGUAAUCAGCUGUACAGGAGAGUUCUGAGGGAGGCUGUAAUCAUCUGUACAGGAGAGUUCUGAGGGAGGCUGUAAUCAGCUGUACAGGAGAGUUCUGAGGGAGGCUGUAAUCAGCUGUACAGGAGAGUUCUGAGGGAGGCUGUAAUCAGCUGUACAGGAGAGUUCUGAGGGAGGCUGUAAUCAGCUGUACAGGAGAGUUCUGAGGGAGGCUGUAAUCAUCUGUACAGGAGAGUUCUGAGGGAGGCUGUAAUCCACUGUACAGGAGAGUUCUGAGGGAGGCUGUAAUCAGCUGUACAGGAGAGUUCUGAGGGAGGCUGUAAUCAUCUGUACUAGGAGAGUUCUGAGGGAGGCUGUAAUCCGCUGUACAGGAGAGUUCUGAGGGAGGCUGUAAUCCACUGUACAGGAGAGUUCUGAGGGAGGCUGUAGUCCACUGUACAGGAGAGUUCUGAGGGAGGCUGUAAUCAGCUGUACAGGAGAGUUCUGAGGGAGGCUGUAAUCAUCUGUACUAGGAGAGUUCUGAGGGAGGCUGUACAGGAGAGUUCUGAGGGAGGCUGUAAUCAUCUGUACAGGAGAGUUCUGAGGGAGGCUGUAAUCCACUGUACAGGAGAGUUCUGAGGGAGGCUGUAGUCCACUGUACAGGAGAGUUCUGAGGGAGGCUGUAAUCCACUGUACAGGAGAGUUCUGAGGGAGGCUGUAAUCAGCUGUACUAGGAGAGUUCUGAGGGAGGCUGUAAUCAUCUGUACUAGGAGAGUUCUGAGGGAGGCUGUAAUCAUCUGUACAGGAGAGUUCUGAGGGAGGCUGUAAUCUGCUGUACAGGAGAGUUCUGAGGGAGGCUGUAAUCAGCUGUACAGGAGAGUUCUGAGGGAGGCUGUAAUCAGCUGUACAGGAGAGUUCUGAGGGAGGCUGUAAACAGCUGUACAGGAGAGUUCUGAGGGAGGCUGUAAUCCACUGUACAGGAGAGUUCUGAGGGAGGCUGUAAUCAGCUGUACAGGAGAGUUCUGAGGGAGGCUGUAAUCAGCUGUACAGGAGAGUUCUGAGGGAGGCUGUAAUCAUCUGUACAGGAGAGUUCUGAAGGAGGCUGUACAGGAGAGUUCUGAGGGAGGCUGUAAUCCACUGUACAGGAGAGUUCUGAGGGAGGCUGUAAUCCACUGUACAGGAGAGUUCUGAGGGAGGCUGUAAUCAGCUGUACAGGAGAGUUCUGAGGGAGGCUGUAAUCAUCUGUACAGGAGAGUUCUGAGGGAGGCUGUAAUCAUCUGUACAGUAGAGUUCUGAGGGAGGCUGUAAUCAACUGUACAGGAGAGUUCUGAGGGAGGCUGUAAUCAGCUGUACAGGAGAGUUCUGAGGGAGGCUGUAGUCUGCUGUACAGGAGAGUUCUGAGGGAGGCUGUAAUCCACUGUACAGGAGAGUUCUGAGGGAGGCUGUAAUCCACUGUACAGGAGAGUUCUGAGGGAGGCUGUAAUCAGCUGUACAUGAGAGUUCUGAGGGAGGCUGUAGUCUGCUGUACAGGAGAGUUCUGAGGGAGGCUGUAAUCAGCUGUACAGGAGAGCAAUGCUGUGCUGCCUGCUUCUAGUAGUGUUAUUAUCCCAAUAUAACAGUGUACAGUCUGACUGAGCAGAACAACCUGCUCUCAGUCCCGUCCAGAUCUGCCUAAAGUGUCUCUGUCCCGUCCAGAUCUGCCUAAUGUGUCUCUCAGUCCCGUCCAGAUCUGCCUAAUGUGUCGGUAAGUUGUUAAGUGUCAAACACUGGCUAACAAAAGCACAGUUUGUAAUCACCAAGUGGACUCCAAAAACGAAUUGUGCCUGCAUUAGAUCUAUUCCAUGUUGUUGACUGUCUUCAUGAAGAUGGACAGGGACAGAACCCAUUAGAACACUGUCUUCAUGAAGAUGGACAAGGCUAGAACCCAUUAGAAGACUGUCUUCAUGAAGAUGGACAAGGCUAGAACCCAUUAGAAGACUGUCUUCAUGAAGAUGGACAAGGCCAGAACCCAUUAGAAGACUGUCUUCAUGAAGAUGGACAAGGCUAGAACCCAUUCGAAGACUGUCUUCAUGAAGAUGGACAAGGCUAGAACCCAUUCGAAGACUGUCUUCAUGAAGAUGGACAAGGCUAGAACCCAUUCGAAGACUGUCUUCAUGAAGAUGGACAAGGCUAGAACCCAUUAGAAGACUGUCUUCAUGAAGAUGGACAAGGCUAGAACCCAUUCGAAGACUGUCUUCAUGAAGAUGGACAAGGCUAGAACCCAUUAGAAGACUGUCUUCAUGAAGAUGGACAAGGCUAGAACCCAUUAGAAGACUGUCUUCAUGAAGAUGGACAAGGCUAGUAGCCCUGAAAGGACAAUAGAGAGGAACAAUCUGUUGCUGUUCACUCCAAUAGGAAAAUAACAGUAGUUAAGAGGAGAAUUGUAAUCAGAUACUUUGUUAAUGUUUAUACCUAAUAAUGAUGUCACUGGUUCAUUCUGAACUAUUUUAGGGCGGCUUUCGGAGAUUCUGCUUUAAUCUCAAUGGAGAUUCUGCUUUAAUCUCAAUGGAGAUUCUCCAUUCACCCUGCUUCCUAGUCCAGAACUAGGUUUAGGCCUAAUGUCCAGAACUAGGUUUAGGCCUAAUGUCCAGAACUAGGUUUAGGCCUAAUGAGAAAACCCGGCCCAUUAUAAAGCUAUAUAUUAACCUAUUAUGAAAGUUUAAGCCUUGACGGGACUCAGCAACUACAGUAGAGGGGUUCAGAGGUUCGUAAUAUUGGUUCUCUACACAAUUCAUUACAGUGCCUUUAUGUCAAUCUUUUAAAAUGUAUUGCCACAUUUUCCUGAGGUCUUACAGUAAGUAAUGGUGUGUAGCUACACUAUAUAUACAAAAGUAUGUGGACACCCCUUCAAAUUAGUCGAUUCAGCUAUUUCAGCCACAUCUGUUGCUGACAGUUGUAUAAAAUCGAGCACAAAGCAAAUGCAAUCUCCAUAGACAAACAUUUGUCAGUUGGUCAAAGUCAGUUGGUCAAAUUUCUGCCCUGUUAACGCUGCCCUGGUCAACUGUAAGUGCUUUUAUUGUGAAGUGGAAACGUCUAGGAGCAACAACGUCUCAGCCGCUAAGUGGUAGGCCACAUAAGCUCACAGAACGGGACCGCCGAGUGCUGAAGCGCUUGGCACGUAAAAAUUGUCUGUCGUCGGUUGUAACACUCACUACCGAGUUCCAAACUGCCUCGGAUAAGCAACGUCAGCACAAGAACUGUUCGUUGGGAGCUUCAGGAAAUAGGUUUCCGUGGCCGAGCAGCCGCACACAAGCCUAAGAUCACCAUGCGCAAUGCCAAGCGUCGGCUGCAGUGGUGUAAAGAUCACCACCAUUGGAUUCUGGAGCAGUGGAAACACGUUCUCUGGAGUGAUGAAUCACACUUCACCAUCUGGCAGUCAGACGGAGGAUUCUGGGUUUGGCGGAUGCCAGGAGAAUGCUACCUGCCUGAAUGCAUAGUGCCAACUGUAAAGUUUGGUGGAGGAGGAAUAAUGGCCUGGGACUGUUUUUCAUGGUUCGGACUAGGCCCCUUAGUUCCAGUGAAGGGAAAUCUUAACGCUACAGCAUACAAUGACAUUCUAGACGACUCUGUGCUUCCAACUUGUGGCAACAGUUCCCCGUUCACAAAGCGAGGUCCAUACAGAAAUGGUUUGUUGAGAUCAGUGUGGAAGAACUUGACUGGCCUGCACAGGGCCCUGACCUCAACUCCAUCGAACACCUUUGGGAUUAAUUGGAACGUCGACUGCGAGCCAGGCCUAAUCGCCCAACAGCAGUGCUCAACCUCACUAAUACUAUUAUGGCUGAAUGGAAGCAAGUCCCUGCAGCAAUGUUCCAACAUCUAGUGGAAAGCCUUCCCAGAAGAGUAGAGGCUGUUAUAUCAGCAAUGUUCCAACAUCUAGUGGAAAGCCUUGCCAGAAGAGUGGAGGCUGUUAUAGCAGCAAUGUUCCAACAUCUAGUGGAAAGCCUUCCCAGAAGAGUGGAGGCUGUAAUAGCAGCAAUGUUCCAACAUCUAGUGGGAAGCCUUCCCAGAAGAGUGGAGGCUGUUAUAGCAGCAAUGUUCCAACAUCUAGUGGAAAGCCUUCCCAGAAGAGUGGAGGCUGUUAUAGCAGCAAUGUUCCAACAUCUAGUGGAAAGCCUUCCUAGAAGAGUGGAGGCUGUUAUAGCAGCAAAGGGGGGGGACCAACUCCAUAUUUAAUACCCAUGUUUUUUGGAAUGAGAUGUUGGACGGGCAGGUGUCCACAUACUUUUGAUAAUGUAGUGUACAAACUACAAACACACGCUAUAGAAAUUCCACUCACAACACUAACACGUGUCCAAACGUGAUAUUUUUUUAAUAAUUGUAGCCUCUCUUUAGUGUGGUAACAGAUGGUUUCCAGAGUGUUUUAUAUAAUGUUUUAUGAACUAUAACUCUGAUUUUGACCCUGAUGAUAUUGACCACUGUUUUACUGGUUUGUUAAUUAUUUUGCUGUGGAUGGGCUACGGGGGUUGUUCUUGGAUGGACAGACAUGUCUGUGGGUCGAUAACUGAUCUACAAGUUGUUGACGAGUGUCGACUUUGGGGAGGUAUUUUGUAAAGUGUAUCCUGGAUCAGAAAACACAAUGCAGGACUCUAUAUUGGAAAAAACAGACGUAUUUAUUUAAAUUGAAAGUUUCUUAUUUUGAUUGAAAAUGGAUAUCAAGAUAUACUGAAUAACUAAUUUUGAGAGAAAAAAAUAAGAUGUAUUGAUUUGUUGUCUAUAAAGUAUUAGUGAAAUAUAAAUUAUAUUGAUAUUUCAAAGUUUUACAUUUUGGAAUUGAUCUUUAGCCAAACUCGUGUGAUUUGUAUUGGAAGUAAUUGAUCUUUAGCCAAACUAGUGUGAUUUAUUUUGGAAGUAAUUGUGAAAGUGACUAUUGAAACAACCCGCUGAAGAAACUUAUUGCAUUGAAAUGUGUCUUGCAAACGUCAAGCUAUGAGUGCCGUACACGGAGCUGGUGAACUUGUGGGACUUCAGUCAUGUAAACUGGUUGAGUUGUCCUUGAUGUAACAGUAUGCUGUGCAUGAAAUGAGUAAAAACAGAACAUUUUCAUUGAAUUUGGACUUUCUUGGCAUUUAACUUUUUUUUUUAAAAUUGGCAAAAGUUGUUGUAACCCGUUAAAUUUUUAUUAUAAAGCAACUAAUCCUUGAAAUACUAUUUGCACUUUCAUAGUCUAUACUUUAUACAUUCCCUCUUUUAAAUGCCAAACAUACUGUUUUGAUGUGUGGCCAAUAAACAUGGAGUUUUACUACUGGGGUAGAAUGUAUUUUGUUUUUCAAUACAAAAACAUUUAAAUCUAUUUCAAUCUUAACCAGUGUUUUCUAUGGAGUUUUACUUCUGAGAUUGAUGUUAUUUUUUUAUUAUAAAACAUUCAAAAUAAAAUGUUCACCAACUCUUUCUAUUAUCUACAUUCAUACAGUCCCGUCAAAGUCUUCAUACCACUUGACUUAUAAAAAAAAAAAAUGUGUUACAGCCUGAAUUCAAAAUGGAUUCAAUGUAUGUUUUUUCUCUCUCACCCAUCUACACACAAAUAAAUAAAUAAACAAUGACAAAGUGAAAACGUGUUUUUUUUAGAUUUUUGGGGGGGCAAAUGUAUUGAAAAUGAAAUACAGAAAUAUCUCAUUUACACAAGUAUUCACACCCCUAAAUCAAUACAUGUUAGAAUCCCCUUUGCCAGCGAUUACAGCUGUGAGUCUUUCUGGGUAAAAGGCGCUGCGUGGUCAAUUCGACGUCUGCUAAUCACGUUAUGUUAAUGCAGAGCUAUUUGGAGCGAUAAUGCUGCAGUUCGUUGGUUGUAAUUUUGGGUAGAGCAAACAUUUCCAUAUAUUGUUGUUAGCUGUGUGUGAUAUAAUUUACAAAGAUUAUACUAUUUUUAAAAAUGUAUUUCCAAAUGUAUUUAUUUUUUAAAUCAAUUAGUAUAAUUGAAUUUAAUCAACAUAUUUGUUGUAAAAUUUGUUCUGUAUUUUCUGGUGGAUUAAACUGAAAUUGCAACCAACUUCAUGAGGCUGUGGAGGUAUCCAAAUUGUGGAUUUAAAAGAAAACAUGAAUCAUUAGCGUACAAUGACACCUUUGUUUUUAAGCCCUGGAUUUCUAGCCCCUUGAUAUUAUUGUUGGAUCUGAUUUCGAUGGCCAUAAUAAAUAGAUAUGCCGAUAGUGGACAACCUUGUUUUUCUUCUCCUCUUGACAAUUGAAUACUUUCUGAGAAGUAGCCAAUAUUAACUAUUUUACUAUUUACUACUACUAUUUUUGAAAUAUUCCAGGCAUUUAUAUAUAAACUCCAGUCGUGCUUUAUCAAAAGGCUUUUCAAAGUCAGCCAUAAAUACCAGGCCUGGUUUCCCAGAUUUUUCCCAGUGUUCUAUUGUUUUCAGUACUUGUCUUAUAUUAUCUCCAAUGUAUCGCCCAUGUAAAUAAAACUGUCUGAUUAGGAUGAGUAAUGUCAGACAAUACCUUUUGCUGUUCCUUUUUAUUUAAUAAGUAAACAUUUCUAAAAACACAAUUCCACUUUGACAUUAUGGGGUAUUGUGUGUAGGCCGGUGACAUUUAAAUGACAAUUUAUCCAUUUUAAAUUCAGACUGUAACACAACAACAUGUGGAAAAAUUCAAGGGGUGUGAAUACUUUCUGAAGGUAUUAAGUUGCAUAACAUGGAAUGUCAAUAAUUUAUACAUCAAAGAAUACGAAACCAGGAAGUGCUUUAUUUAGCUGAAUCUUUGAUGCCGAUCCACUGUUGGAGCUAGGAACAAGCAUUUCGCCCCACCCGCAAUAACAUCUUCUAAAUACGUAUAUAUGUGACCAAAUCAUUUGAUUUGAAUAGAUUUAUUAAAAGGCAUUAUCCUAAUUCCUACUCCACGCUCGUCCCUCAACUACAUCAGGGCAGGUGGCUUGUUGCUCUAUCUGACGUCGUAAAACAACGUAUGAAGUUAACGGCAGAGUCCAAUGAGCGACAGCAGCAUGGUGAACAGAGAGACAAUGUCCAGGUACAGGUUGAGAGCAGCAAAGACGUACUCCUCUGGUGAAAUGCUGUAUUUGUGGUUCCCGCCCAGGAUGAGCUGGGUGUCCAUCACCAGGUAC